AAACGAAAAAGAAAAUAGAGCCCUUCUCCCUGUGAAAUCCCUAAAAGCUCUGUUCACUCCUAAUUCCAGACACUCCACUUCUCACCCUGUUCAAGAUUAUAUUCCAGUUGCGAAGAAUAGUGUUUUGGUUUUGGUUUUGGUUUGAAAAGCCAUGUCUGCUCCAUUGACACCUUCUAAGAGACCGCACCAGGAGGACCCUUCGGAGCCAAAUGGGAAAGGGAAGUUACAAAAGUCUGAUGAUGAUCAACCUACUAAUGCUCCCUCUGGCAAUGCUGUUUUUCGGGUAGUUUGCCCCGAGCCGAAAAUUGGUUGUGUUACUGGUGAAGGUGGCUCUGGCAUAUCCGAGAUAUAUCAGGAGACUCUGGUGAAGGUGAGAGUUGAGGAAAGUGUACCCGGCUGCGACGAAAGAGUUAUUGUCAUUGGUUGGGAUGGAGAGAAUAGAGUUGAUAGUGAGCAAAGCAAGGAGAAUGGGGUGGAAGAGACUAGUGUAGUUGAAAAGAAGGAAGAGAAGGAAGAUGUUUCGAUUGAUGAUUCGGAACGCGGCGAAAAAGUAGGUCCUGCAUCCGUCAAGAAGGCUCUGCAACUUGUGUUUGAGAGAAUGGUUGAAGGGGAAAGAGAGACUGAUGGAGGGGAUGGAGAUGGUAAGAAGUCAUUGACAAUUGUUUUGAGGUUGCUAGUUCUGUCGAAUCAAAUAGGGUGCAUUUUGGGAAUAGGUGGUAGUGUGAUCAAGCAAAUGGCGUCUGAAAGUGGGGCACAAAUUCGGAUCCUUCCUAGAGAUAAACUUCCAUUGUGUGCACCAGCUUCCGAUGAGUUAGUUCAGAUUACUGGUGAAGUUGAUGCUGUCAGGAAAGCUCUAGAUUCCGUUACUCAGCAGCUUUUGGAUAAUCUGCCUCGUGCUAGUGCCUCUUCCCUUCUUAACUCCACAGGGCCGUCAUCUCAACCUUCUCCAAGACCAGAAGUAACUCCGCCACCGGAGCGGUCUCACGGAACACCUUAUAGCAAUCAGGCUGCUGAUAUUGUGGAUAACCAUUCUGCUGCUCAUCCACUGAUCCCAAAGGUUCAUGCUUCUGGCAUCCCUGGUAGGAUGAAGUCUUCACAGGAAGUCCUAACUUUUCGCUUAUUGUGCCACGAAGAGAGAGUAGGAGGUGUAAUUGGAAAGGGUGGAACAAUUAUAAGGACACUUAAGCAAGAAACAGGCUGUGAAAUCAAGGUUAUGGAUGGUGUCUCCGAUUCAGAGGACCGCGUUAUUAUUUUAUCUGGUCCGGCGCACCCAGAUGAUAGGAUAUCACCUCUGCAAGAUGCCGUCCUUCGUGUGCAUGAUAGGAUAGUCAGGGCAGUACCUAUUACCAAGGAACAGCCCAUGACAGCCAGGCUUCUUAUUUCCGCCAAUCAAAUUGGUUGUCUCCUUGGCAAGGGUGGUGCCAUCAUAGCUGAAAUGAGAAAGUCAUCUCGCGCUCAUAUACGUAUAUUGGGGAAGGAUCAAAUUCCCAAAUGUGUUUCAGAUGAUGAAGAAGUUGUUCAGAUGAAUGGAGAACUUGAAGCUGUGAAUGAUGCUCUUCUGCAGAUCACCAGUAGGUUGCAGCAUCAUUUCUUUCGCGAUGUAUUUCCUUCUUUAAGUUAUCCUCCAAAUCCUGCAUUUUCCGAUCAACCUCCUUUUCGAUCAUAUUUGAGGAGGGACUUCUCACCUCCAAGAAUGCAUUCUAACUUCGGCCCAUCAUUUCACAAGUUUGAUACUGUUGGUGGUCUGGCUCCACAUGGUGGUUUCCAUCCUCUGCAUUUAUCAGAAAGAAAACCUUGGGGUUCUCAGGGACUUCUGGAGGGUGGUGGUCCAAUUGGUUUGCCAAACUUUGCGGGAGCUCCACAAAGAAGGAUUCCUGGGUUUGGAGGAAGCCAACCAGCAAUAAUUACCAGUACAACUAUUGAAGCUGUUGUUCCUAGUUCCCUUAUUCCUAUAAUAAAUGGAGAAGAUGGUGAAUGCUUGAAACAAAUCCGUCAGAUUUCGGAUGCAAAAAUUACAAUUACUGAGCCCCUACCUGGAGCAAAGGAAACUUUGAUUAUAAUAUCAGGAACACCUGAACAAACUCAUGCUGCACAGAGUCUUAUUCAAGCAUUUGUGAUGAGUGAAACCGACUCUUCUUGACUGGGGAACAUUGACAGUCAGCUGAAGGUUUUAAGGAUUGAGCUCACUAGAAUUUUGUUGUAGUCAUGCGAGCUCCUUGAGAUUUACGAAAACCUGUAUAUUCAUUAAUUGAUGAAACAGCUGGCCAUUUGAUUCGUGAUUUUGUGAGGGUUCCUUUUGGUGGCCAAGAAAGUUGGAUGAAGAGACUGCUCCCUUGUCAAGUAUUGGAUAAUGAGGUUGUAGCGAGUAAACCUUCUAAUGUCACAUUCUAACUACCUGUCAGGUGUAAAAAAGUGUUUAUUUACCAUAUGCCUUUGUUGUUGCCUAUAUGCUGGACUAUUCCUUUUCAAUAGAUUUCUACUUUUUUACUCAAAUGGUUGUAGACUUGUAGUCAAGUUUGACAAGCUAAUCUGAAAACGCAGAUGCAAUAUAGUUAUUCUUUUUGUUGCCCUUCA